AUGGUAACGAAGACUAACAGAGAUAUAUUAACUGGUGGUAAGAAAUACCAGCAGAAACAAGCGAAGAAAUAUGGUGUUGAGGAAGUUGUUUUUGACAAACAAGCUCGUGAAGAGUUCUUGACUGGUUUCCACAAGCGUAAGGUGGAGCGUCAGAAGAAGGCUCAAGCCUACCACAAGGAGCAGGAAAGAAAGGCAAGAAUCGAGGAAAGAAAGCAGCUACGUGAGGACGAGAAGAAUAAGUUCGAGGAACAACUCAAACAGCUCAGAGAGCUGCGAGAGCUUCUUGAACCAGUACUUGAUAAGGAAGAAGUCGAAGCCACGCCGAAUGGGAAAGCCGAAGUAAAUGCAAAAGAGUCAGACGAUGAAUGGACGGGAUUUGAAGAGGACAAUAAAGAAGAGGUCGCUGAAGAUGCUGUUGAAGAAGGUGAAGAAGAUGAGGAACCUGUCAAGGGUAUCCUACUGAGGAAGCAGGUUUUCAAGGCUGACAACAAGAACUACCUUGGCGAUGCUGUGGUCGACAAAGAGACUGAGGUUACCAUCGAGUCGCUCGAUAAUCCUUACACAACUGCCAUUACCAACAGAAGCAUAGAAGCGUUGGCCAAGGCUAACAAUGUCAACUUAGAUAAGUCGGACGAGGUGCUCGAAGGCUCUAUCAAGAGAGCCAAGGACUACGCUAAGCUUUGUGGCGUGGAAAAGCCCAAGCCAAAGCAGCAGAAGAAGAAGAAGUUCAGAUACUUGACCAAGGCCGAGAGAAAGGACAACAACAUGAGACAGAAGAUCAGCAAGCUCAAGAGCCGUAGACAGGCUAUGCAAAAGUAA